GGGAGAAAGAGCCCCAACUUCAACUCUUUCAUCUUUCUUUCUUCUUCUUCUUCAUCCUUCCUAGUUUAAGAAUCUGAUGUCAAACCCUGAAUAUCAAAUCAAGAUCUCGUCUUUUGUGCCUUAUAAUUCACGGAAAUCAUCGAGCCCUAAUACCCAGAACUGAAAUCUAGGGUUACCGUUACAGGGUGAAAGUUCAAGGGUAACCCUAAAGUCGUUCAGAAUUCCAAUGCAAACACGAUGAAGCGAGACCAGAUCGCGCAAUGCGGGAGCUGUCACGCCAGGGACGUCGUCUUCCUCCACAACAUCCGUCAAAGGGGCAUCUUUCGACGCUUCUGCACUAACUGCGUGCUCAAGAGCCAUCUGGGUCUGUUCUGUCCCAUCUGUCUCGAAAUCUUCAGCGAGCCACCGCCUACGCACCAGCGUCUCAUCUGUCUUAAGUGCCCUGCCAUAUGUCACGUCACCUGCCCUUCCCAGUUUUCCAACGACUCCACCUUCAUCUGCCCCAUUUGCUACAACCCUAGUUUCAACUUCUUCAAUGUCAACCCCAGCAAGAAAUCCAAAUCCGGCUCUAUACAUGACCCUGCUAAGGCUGAGGGCUCGAAAGUCAUUGACAAGGAUGCUUCCAAAGCGCUUCUGGUCGCUGCCUCGCUGUCUGCGAUGUCCAUGACCAAGGCGGCUGCCGCCAUAAGAACGGAUGCGGAGAAGAAGGUCAAGGAAGCUGCGCUGGCUAGGAAGAGGGCUAAGGAGGCUCUAGAGAGACUCACGUUUUUAGCAGCUAAAGAGAGCGAGGGGAGUGGUAGAGAAAAGGGGCCUAUCAAGGGACCUGUUGUAAUGAAAUCCAGAGUGGAUGCUCAGGCAGACACCAAAAGAAAUGGCUUAUCUGAAGACAAGGGGAGUAACGGAUUACAUUCGGUUUCUCCUGUUAGUGCACCCAAGUUGCAGCGUCAAUAGGGCAGUCGUGGUAUGCAGAGCUGAUGACUAAGAAUUUCAAUUAUCAAUUUGUGAAUUAGAAUGUUAUUUCUGAAUUGCCAUGAAUUUGACUGAAGUUCAUUUACUUUCUUCUUCAUGGUUGUCUUGGAAGUCUUGUAGAGAUGAUCUAGGAUUAGGUUGUUCUUCUGUACUCAGCCUUUUCGAUUCUUAUUUAGGGCUUCUGUAUUGUCUGUAUGUACAUCAAGGGGAGCUGUUUAUUUGUGACUGGUUCAUUGUGUUCUUUUAUCUGAAUUUGCAUUCUGACUUUUCUCUUCUUUGCAUUCUGUAUGAAGAACUUGACUCUGUAAAAUAAUUUCUAAAAGCAAGC